AUUUCUUUCAACCAAUCAGCGCCUUGUGGACCAUCGGUAGCGAGCUAGCCUCACGCAGCCACAUUGUGUUCUCGUAUAUUCAUAUAUUUUUAUAUUUUAUAGUUAACUAAAAAGGUAUAAUAAUCGCUCUUGACAAAUAAACCAACUGGUCACGUCCGAACGACAUCUGACUGAAGCGAUGACAGGUUCAAACGAGUACAAGCUCAAUCAGGGACCAGAGGAUGGCAUCUCUGCUGUCAAGUUCAGUCCCAGCACAGCACAGUUUCUCCUGGUUUCCUCUUGGGACUGCACUGUCCGUCUCUAUGACGUGGGAGGCAACACCAUGCGAAUGAAGUACCAGCACACGGCUCCAGUUCUGGAUUGUGCAUUUUAUGAUCCAACACAUUCUUGGAGUGGAGGUUUAGAUGCACAGUUAAAAAUGCAUGAUUUGAACACAGACCAAGACACAAUUGUUGGAACACAUGAUGCUGCCAUUCGUUGUGUAGAGUACUGCCCAGAAGUUAAUGUCAUGGUAACAGGUAGCUGGGAUAGAUCAGUUCGACUGUGGGACCCACGAACGCCCUGCAACGCUGGCACCUUUACUCAGCCAGACAAGGUGUAUACCCUCUCUGUGGCUGGAGAUAGGCUGAUUGUUGGCACAGCAGGACGACGAGUACUGGUGUGGGAUUUGAGAAACAUGGGAUAUGUACAGCAAAGAAGAGAGUCCAGUCUGAAGUAUCAGACGCGCUGCAUUAGAGCCUUCCCCAACAAACAGGGGUAUGUCUUGAGUUCAAUUGAGGGACGUGUAGCUGUGGAGUACCUGGACCCAAGCCAGGAAGUUCAGAAGAAGAAAUACGCUUUCAAGUGCCACAGGCUGAAGGAAGAAGGAAUCGAGCAUGUUUAUCCUGUCAAUGCCAUCUCAUUUCACAGUGUUCAUAACACCUUUGCCACAGGUGGCUCAGAUGGCUUUGUGAACAUCUGGGAUCCAUUCAACAAGAAGCGUCUGUGUCAGUUCCAUCGGUACCCGACCAGUAUUGCAUCACUGGCCUUUAAUAAUGAUGGCACCAUGCUUGCAAUCGCCGCCUCCUACAUGUUUGAGAAAGGAGACAUCAGCCAUCCAGAGGAUGCCAUCUUUAUCCGCCAGGUCACAGAUGCUGAGACAAAGCCCAAGUCAACCUAAGUGCACAGAGGAAGACUUCCCUCUGCCUUUGAAGCCUUUAUCACAUUGGAUUUAUCUGCUGGCAUCCAGUGUACCAUUACUAUAUCGUUUCCUGUCAUUUCUUUCCAUUCCCAAACAGCAUUUGUAAUUUAAGUAACAGUUGUUACAUUUUCUUCUCGUUUCUGGUCUGUGUUAAAUAUGUCAUUCUUUCAUGUAUUUGUCUUGUUCUUUCUUGACUAAAAUCAUUUUUGUAUAUACUGUACUUUUUUGACUUUUCUUUCCCCUUGGUCAUUUUGGUAUUUUGACAUUUUAACAAGGCACAGUUGCAGCUGUUCUUGGAUCAGUCUUUCAAUGCUCACAGUUUGAUACUUGGAAUUUAAUAAAUGUUCAAAUAUGA